UAUCUAGAAUAUUUCUCUCAUUCUUCUUCUUUUGUUAGUACUUGUCAAACACUCAAACUUCUUCAUUGAACCAGUCAUUGAUUCGUCCCUGGUUCACCUUCAUAAAAUUGUGUAUAAAGAUGCUUUGGAUCACUCGUAUAUAUAUCUUAUCCCUUCUCUCUAAAAUUCCAUCCAAGCUUAAUUAAUGGAUAUCCAGUUUUCAACCCAGCUUUUAGCUCUUCUGGUUUUCCUUUUCUUUGUACUCAUGGUGGUGAAGAAUAUUGGAAAUGUAUCAGGCGGCUCAAGAUCGCCUCCAGGUCCAUGGAAACUACCUUUUAUAGGGAAUUUGCAUAACAUGCUCGCGUUAGGCCUAGAACCACACCGUUCGCUCAGAAAUUUAGCCAACACAUACGGACCCAUUAUGCACUUGCAACUCGGUGAAGUUCCUAUGCUUGUUGUUUCAUCCCCAAGUGUCGUCAAACAGAUUAUGAAGACCCACGACUUGAGUUUUGCAGAAAGACCGGAACUUCAUUCUGGGAAAAUUAUGUUAUAUGAUCGUAGUAGUGUUAUCUUCUCUCGCUAUGGUGAUUAUUGGAGGGAAAUGCGUAAGAUUUACGUCUUGCAUCUCUUAAGUGCUCAACAUAUCCCAUUGAUCCGGCCAAUAACAGAAGAGGAGGUAAAGAAUACAAUCAAAAGCAUUUCGUUGCAAGCUGGUGAAUCUGUCAACCUCAGUAAACGAUUGUCUGCGUUGUUCAAUACUAUCACUUCAAGAGCAGCAUUCGGUGAUAAAUGCAAAGUUAACCAAAAAUUCAUUCAAAUGGUGCGUGAAUCACUUACUUUGGCAGGAGGCUUGGAAGAUUUAUUCCCUUCGUAUAAAUUGUUACAUCGUUUAGAUGGAAAAAGAUCAAGAUUGUUGAGAUUACAUCAAGAAGUCGACAAGUUUUUAGAGGGAGUUAUUCAAGAACACAAAAAGAGCAGAAUGGUUAAAAACGAUGAUGGUAAAUUAGAGGAGGAGGAUUUGGUAGAUGUACUUCUUCGGGUUCAAGAGAGCGGUGAAUUCUCAUUGACAACAGAAAAUAUUAAAGCGGUCAUAUGGGAAAUCUUCGCCGGAGGAACAGAUACUUCAACCAUUACAAUACUAUGGGCAAUGUCUGAGUUGCUAAAAAACCAAAGAGUAAUGGAGAAAGUUCAAAUUGAAGUAAGACGGGUCUUUGGUGGGAUGAACUCAAUCAAUGGAACAGAUAUUAGUAAACUAGAAUACUUAAAGCUAGUUAUCAAAGAAACUCUGAGGCUACACCCUCCUGGUCCACUCACGAUAAGGGAAUGCAGAGAGAGAUGUGUAAUCGACGGAUAUGAUAUACCGGCGAAAACCAAAAUAAUUGUCAAUCUAUGGGCUCUAGCAAGAGAUCCAGAAUACUGGAGUGACCCCGACACGUUUGAACCAGAGAGGUUUGAUGGUAGUUCAGUUGAUUAUAAGGGAAAUAACUUUGAAUAUCUUCCAUUCGGAGCUGGUAGAAGGAUGUGUCCGGGAAUGUCAUUCGCUAUGGCUAAUGUUGAACUAACACUUGCUCAUUUACUAUACCAUUUUGAUUGGAAGAUCGUCGGAGAAUUAAAAAACCCUGAAGAACUUGAUAUGACAGAGCUCUUUGGGGUAUCGGUUGCUAGAAAAAAUGAUUUGCUUUUGAUUCCCAUCCCUUUUGUUUCUUAUUGAGGCAGUUUUUUCUUUAUGUAACUUGCAGUAUUCCCUUUUGUUGCAUCGCAGUAUGCAGUCUGUAAUCUGAGUCUGUACUCAUCAUAUGCAUUCUGAAGACACGAUGCAACUGUUUUUCUGCUUCUAAA